AUGAGGUCGCCUGCAGAGAGAGAAGGAGCAGAGGAAAGAAAUGUGAUCUUUUAUGAAGGUCCAGAAAAUAUAAGGCCCAGUACUGGUCCAGAUAGCACCCAAAAUCAGAGAGAUACAGAGUCACUGCAAACAUGGUACAGCAAGAGGUCAUUCAUUGCAGUAUACCACCAGCUGCCACUGAGUAAGAAGUGGUAAAAGUGAAGGGAAAGACAGCGUAAUAAUGAAACAAGGAAGUGUGCGUUUAAAUAUUAGAAGUAGCAGAGACAGAGCAGCAGAAGACAUGUCGAGUUGGAUUUAUGACAACGAUCCUGAAGAAUGGGUAGAGAUGAGGUCUCCUGCAGAGAGAGAAGGAGCAGAGGAAAGAUAUGUGAUCAUUUAUGAAGGUGCAGAAAAUAAAAGGCUCAGUACUGGUCCAAACAGCACCCAAAAUCAGAGAGAUACAGAGCCACUGCAAACAUGUUACAGCAAGAGGUCAUUCAUUGUGGUCUCACUGUCUUUGAGUGUUUUAUUGGCCGGCAUCACAACUCUCGGAUUUUUAAGCCUCAAGCUGCAGCUAGAGAACGUGAAAUUUGUACAAAAACAUGAAGAGUUGAACAGAGAGAGACUUGAACUUGGUAAUUUCUGUAAAGAUGGAUGCAGAUCGUGCAAUCAGAGUUUUUAUUAUGUUUCGAGUGAAUUAAAGACUUGGGAGGCGAGUCGACAGGACUGCAGAGACAGAGGCGCAUAUCUGAUUAUCAUCGACAGCAAAGAGGAGCAGGAAUUUGUCAGUUCUUUGAAUCAGUACUACUGGAUCGGUCUGAGUAGCAAGGAAGGUUUUUGGAAAAGGGUGGAUGGCUCCAUUUUAACCAAUAAACCAGAGUGGGUAAACUGGGACUAUUCAUUAGGACUUGAGACCAAAAACUGCAUUUUAACCUAUUUAUACAGGUCCACUCAUUAUUGGGAAAAUUAUGAUUGUAAAAAAUAUUCAAAAUGGAUAUGUGAAAAAAAUCUAAACGUCUUAAUAAACUAAAUAAUAAAUAUAUGUAUUUGCUCACCAUAGACCUAAAUAUAAAGAUAAGAAAAGAAACUGAAAAACAUAAUAAAACUUUGCUCUGAAUACAUACAAUAAAUUGAAACAUAGUUGACUCUUGCACU